UAAAUGAACACUGACCUCAGAAAAACUUUUGAUAACAAGAAGCUACUCCAGAGUGAUGGAAAUGCUGGUACUGCUGAGAAAAGAGAAAUGCAGCAUCAGAGUACUAUGAGUUGUACAUAUGCUGCAAAGAGACAAGAGAAUUUAUUGAAUAGUGAAAAGAAGAUCAUCUUGUCCUCCUCAAAUUCAAAAUCUAGCAUAAAUUCAAAAAGCGAGAGUGGUGACGAAGAGACCAAUCGCAGUAAUAGCCCCUCAAAGAAUGAAGCUAGCUCAAAACUAUCCUUCAUUUCCAACGAUGCUCGUACAACUGGUACUAAGCUCUCAAUCCGCAGGCGCCGCAUUGAGAGGAAAACCCAAUUCAAGAGCAUUGUAGACCAGAUCUUCCACGAAGAGUCCGCUCCGGACUCUUCAAAGAAGAAGUUGGAAUACUUCUACUCUGCAUACAGUGGCUUAACCCUCAACAAGCCGUACAUGGAGUUUGAGGACCAUUCCAGCUCCAGCGAGAGCCAGAAGGCUCAGGCCAAAUGGGCCACGAUAAUGGAGCAUGUGCUGUUAACCGGAGAAACUCGGUUUACCGAGUUUCUCAAAACUGUUAACAAAGAAAUGUAUAUGAAACUGAUCGGGUUGGCGAAAAAGUACUGAAUGAAGCUACUUCUAAAUAAUAAAUUGGAUGGUGGUAAAGAUGAAAUUUUUAACACUCAGAGUAAUCCAGCAACUAAAUAGUACCUUAGCUAUAAAAGACAUUAAGCUACUCAAGCCACUCCUCGAACAAGUCCUAUUCUCUAAGGACCCUCAAGCACUCGACUCCAAGACCCAAAUCCCCAGAACAGAAAUUAUCCCUGCUCUUUCGCACAUAAAAGGAGCAAGCAACUGCCCUAAUUCAAUGAAAAAAUGCCCCUCCUCUCACUAUUCAACUAAAAUUGUACCAGAGUAUUUCCACCAGAAGCUCAUCUCUCAGUCUAUAAAUCAUUUUGUUCUUCAGUCGGGUUCUGCCGACAUGUAUUUGGCACGAGAAACUCGAAAAAUCCCUAAGCGUGCAUCUGUGUCUAGAUCUUCAGUACAGACCAAUGUUGCUAACCCGGUGAGGCCUAAGUUCACGAACCCGUAUAAGCUCCUGAACAUGAGCAUCAAAUCUAAGAAGUCUUCUAUGGGUUCUUCUUCAGCAUCCACCAAAGCCAGUUGGUCUUCAAAGAAGAUUCCAAAGACUCGCAAGAUUCUUGCAAGAAAGAGCUGCGUAAGGCCCAAUAUGGAUCUGGUUAACCAGAUACGUAUUAGGCACAGGCGCAGCUGCAACCGACAUGAGAGUAGCUAUAGCACCUCAGGAGAGCAAGUGCCGCUUAUGUUUACUGAGGCUAGAAGAGUACUGAAACUCAGAAAGGACGGACCUGUAGUGAGACUUUCGAAAAUUAGAGCCAGAGAAAUCAUAAAAAACCGAGCAAGAACAGUUUCUAAGCAUAGGAUCAGUACUUAUACUAAUUAAUAUUAAUUUUCCUUCUGUCA